AUGGAAAAUAGCAGGAUCGGAACCAGGGGAACUGAUUUCAUUCCGGUUGGUUCUCCACAAAUAGCCCGGAUAGAGGGCGAGAACGGGACCGUAGUGACCCACUUCAUCUUGAUGGGCCUUCCACACAAACCAGAGAUGGACAUUCCACUUUUCUCGCUGUUUUUGACCAUUUACCUCUUUACCUUAAUGGGGAACGCUCUGAUCUUGGUGACCAUCUGGGUUGACCCAAACCUACACAAACCCAUGUACUUCUUCCUAGCGAACCUCUCCUUCCUCGAUUUCUGGUUCUCUUCUGUUACUCUUCCUAAGAUGCUCCAGGGCUUCCUUGAACCUGGUGGCACCUUUAUUUCCUUUACGGGCUGCGUCAUUCAGCUGUAUUUCUCCCAACUCCUGGGAAGCACAGAAUGCUUCCUCUACACGGUCAUGUCUUAUGACCGCUACUUGGCCAUCUGCCACCCUCUCCACUAUGGAUCCAUCAUGGACAGCAUAACGUCAGUCCGCCUGGCAACUCUCACGUGGAUUAUGGGUUUUCUCCAUACCCUUCUGCAUACUGCUUUGACCUUCCACCUGACCUACUGUGGACCUAUGAAGAUUGACCAUUUCUUCUGCGACCCAACACCACUGUUGGAGUUAGCAUGUGGGGACACCUCCAUCAAUCAAACCAUGAUCUUUUUCGGCAUUGGGACUGUAGCCUUCCUGUGUCUCCUCCUCAUUCUGCUGUCCUAUGGAAGCAUCCUAGGGGUCAUUUUGAAGCUUGGCCAUGGAGAAGGCAAGUACCACGCUUUUUCUACUUGCGCAUCCCACUUCACAGCCGUGGCUUGCUUCUACGUCCCUUGCGUCUUCACAUAUAUGCGUCCCCACUCCAAAGGCACCUUCAACAGGAUUGCAACGGUUUUUUAUACAGUCCUCACCCCUCUCCUGAAUCCACUAAUCUAUACUUUAAGGAACAGAGAGAUGAAAGCCGCUCUCUACAGAUUAUGGCAGAAGACAACGUUUGCACCGGCAAAAUAAACACCCAUCGUCAGGUGUAA